ACGGGGUCAGAGGCUCACUGGCCUCGGACGGAAGUGACGUAGUUCAGUGUCGCUUCGCUUGGUGCGCAGUAGCCUCAGACAUUCGAGACGAAUAAUAUCAUAACCAUAAAGUUUGGGGGGUGGGGAAGACAAAUCCACAGGAAACCAUCGACGGUCGCAGCCAGAACCCCAGAACUUCAGCAUGAACCCGGUUUAUAGCCCCGCUUCCACUGGAGUGCCCUACUCCAACCCCAAGGGAAUCGGAUACCCGGCGGCCACUUUUCCAGUGGGAUACGCCGCCACUGUUCCGGCAUAUUCCCCGAGUAUGUACCCUGGAACCAGCACGGCCUUCCAGACAGGUUACACUCCUGGGACGCCGUACAAGAUGUCGUGUUCCCCCACCACAGGGACAGUGCCCCCCUACUCGUCAUCGCCUAACCCCUACCAGGCAGCCGUGUACCCCGUGAGGAGUGCCUAUCCCCAGCAGAACCCCUACGCGCAGCAAGGCGCCUACUACUCCCAGCCCCUGUAUGCGGCCCCCCCACAAGUCAUCCAUCACACCACGGUGGUGCAGCCCAAUGGGAUGCCGGCUGCCAUGUAUGCCCCACCCAUCCCCCCUCCCCGCGCCAACAGCGUCCCCAUGGGGAUGGUGGCAGGAACCACGAUGGCCAUGUCAGCCGGGACCCUGCUGACGACUCAUUCCCCGACUCCAGUGGCUCCUCACCAAGUCACGAUGCCUACGUACCGCCCCCCCGGUACCCCCACUUACAGCUAUGUGCCCCCCCAGUGGUAAAAGGCCAGUAAUGGUGAAUGUGAUCGAUAUGCCUCCAUCUUCAGUCUGGUGUCAUAGACAAGAUGGUGAACCCUUGUCAUCUCCAUCCAAGAUCUCAUUCUUCCGAAACGACGAAAAACAAAAACGGGCAAAAAAGCUAUCCUUCCAGUACCGGCACAUUGUGCCGAACCGACCCAAUGCCUCCCCUCCCCUCCCCUCCCCUCCCCCACUUAACCUCUCUGCUGUUUCCCACAUCUGGUGACAAGGAUUUGAUGCACGUGUUCUCUCUGGACUGCCUGCCUUCCGAAUUAGUGGUGUUGAGUUUGGAGUUGGGGAUGCCCUUUUCGUUAUACACGUUCCUGUACCACGUCGUAAAAGAUGCUUGCUCUAAUCUACCUGCAGCCACUAACGCAAAUCUCCAAAGUAAUUUCAUAGCUGGACAAGGGUUAAGACAGCUAGCACUCAGUAUCACUAAUGCAGUCUUAAUGUUACUUAAGAGUAGUAUUCCUUUCAAACGGAUGUGUAAAUUUAUGUUAGUUAUACAAUGGUCAGUGCAGUAUACGUUGAACAAACACUAGCGUUUAGAUAGUUUGGUGUUGGCAGAACGGUCAUUCCAAACCGGUUUUUAUUUCACUGACUGAUGCUGCAUCGUAUCUUACUUUUUCCUUCAGUAUUUUGUAAAGGUUUUUCGUUUUGUUGUUUUUUUUUUUGACGUGAAUGAGUGGGCAAUUCUUCUCAGAUUGCCUGCCCUGUUCUUACUCCCAUCCACAUUGUGUGUGUGUGUGUGUGUGCGUGUGCUCAUACACGUGUGUGCGCAUUUUAACGUGAAUGAACAACCCUGCCGGACACACGAUGACCCAGAGUCGGCACACAGCACAUUUAGCUUACUUAAAUGACUUAGGUCGUUUUAAGCGUCUGGCCAAAUUCGCUGUGGUUUUAAUGCCGCCAUCUUUGUUGGGUCAGCUAGGAGACGAGCUGGCUGUCCCUCUGCGUCACGCAGCCUGUCACCGGCAGUCUAACAGCACUAAGAUGCGACAUGACCAAGCAGGUGAACGGUAAACAAACAGAUUUAAUAGCAACAGAGAUUAGGUUUGAAGUUUUACUGUCAGCUGUUUCCCGGAGCUCUGAAUUAAUGCUGGGAUCCAUGAAAAGGGGGCAUUCGUUUAAAUUCCCGCUGGUCGUCUCGUCCAGACAUUCCUCAUUGCGGUACUGGGGUAUUUCGGCGCUCUUCGGGAAACAGUAUGGAUCCUGACUCUGCUUCCAGAUGGGCAUUCGGGGGGGUGGGGGGGUGUGUCUAUGCACAGAGAGUAUUUAACAUCGCAGAAUUCUGGUGUGUCCCUAUAGAGGAGGGGCUUGCUGUGCCUAGAGUAUCCAAAAAUGUUGUAGGAUAGCUGUUACUUAAAAUGAAAGUCUCCCCCCUCCAAAAAGAGGUUAUCGCUGUGUGAUUUAAGUGUUUCACAGUGUUCCAGGUAGGAAAUUUGAAACUGGUAGUUUAAUUGAAUUUAAUUGGCAUCUAUAAACGAUUAGCACUCCUCAGUCUAAUUGGGGAUUGGACCCAUCCCUUUGAGCAGGGGAGCACCGCGAAGGUGACCAGUUGCUUGUGACCACACGACUUUGUUCAUUCCUCCGACUCAGCCCCAUCCUCAACGCGACCGCGGCUCUGGUUGACCGCCGGAAGGCAGCUGCACGGCGACUUGCAUGCAUGUGUGUGUUCCUUGAACGAGACGCGUGGACAAGCUUUGCACGGGAUGCGCCGUCGGAUUAAGCAGGAAGGCCGAGAUCCGGGGGUGGGGGAAGGCUGGAUGUUCCCAAAAACACAUCCUAACUGGGGUUAACGGCUCCACGGUAGUCAUCCCGGAAGAUUGAGCCGGGCGUGUGCAUGCGUUAAACGUCCGUUUGUGCUUGGCUUUAUCUGCUUAUCGGAUUUGUUCUGUUAGAGUCGUACUCUUGCUUGUUUUGCCCACUUUUAAGAUUUAAGAUUAUGCCCUGGCAGACCGGGGCGGAGCAGGACGGCCUCGUUAGUGGUCCGGCUUCCUGGCCAGGGUGGGGGAGGGGGUGUGCUGUCAUUGUAUCAGGGUUUGGGUGACUUCUAAACAUUCGAUACAGUGACUACAUGACCAAAAGCACUACUGUGUAUUUUUGUUUGUGAGUUCUGAAUUGCUGUUCGAAAAAAUGUAAUUUAUAGUUUGGUCUGAUAAAUGUAUAUUUUCUUUUAUUACAUUAUUAUGAAAAAAACGUCUCAGCAAUACAGGUUGUUGUUUUUUUGUUUUUGUUUUUUUAACUCGUUGGUUUCACGCAGCAGUUCAGACGCUAAGUUCUGAUCAGCGCUUCUUCCCGUCGGGGUUCUCGGUCCCAUGCAAGCUGUCGUCAGGUCACAUGACACGGCGGGAAGCUUGUCGGCCAAGGAAAGCGUGCUGAGAGCCACUGCAGUCCUGUCCUUUCGUUUUAUAUUCACUAGGUGGCGUUAUAUCCUGUCCACUGAACAGCGAUAAUAGGAAAGUUGUUUUUUUUUUUUUUUGGUAUGUUUGCGGAGAUGUACUGUAUUUCCAAUAUUUUAAAUAAAGUUGAUAUACAAAAAAUUGA